AUGUCACUAUCCCAGGACACCGUUCGGAGCGCACCAGCCUAUCCCUUCGUCCGGUUCUUCAUUUGCUUCGUUCCACAAGUCGUGUCAGAGAUUCCAUACGGAAAACUUUCGUAUGCUAUACCAUACUCCCGAAUUCUGGCCACUGCAACGAAGCAACCUUCCCCGUUCCUGAUAUCCAUCCCAGAAGCAAAAUUGGCGGACUUCAAAACCUUGUUAAAAUUAUCCAAGGUCACGCCCCAGACAUAUGAGAGCUUGCAGGAAGAUAGACGGUUUGGCGUCGACCACAAAUGGGUCACGGAAACUAAGAAGUAUUGGGAGGAGACAUUUGAUUACUUCCUGGAAUUUCUUCCUAUCUUGUCACUUUUGAAGGGGAAAUACACUCCGCAAGAUCUCCCAUACCACAUUAUAGUCCCCCCCCCCCGGGCUACGGCUUAUCCUCUCCCUCCACUUGAUCGGGACAAUAGCAUGGACGGUGUAGCUGAAAUCGUGAACCAACUGAUGUUAGCCCUCGGCUUUGGCUCUAGAUAUAUCACUCAAGGAGGACAUAUUGGAAGUCGGGUAGCGAAGAUUGUAGCCUGGAAAUAUGAAUUGUGCAAAGCGGUACAUGUCAACUACUUCCCCGUGCUCUCUCCUCCAGAAGGACUGCCAGUCUCCUCCUUGAAUGCCAAAGAGCAGGAUGGGUUAAAGUGGGGUGAGGAUUUUGUCAAGAUGGAACCAGAUUAUUCCCUAGAACGUGCUGCUAGACCAAGUCCUUUCUUGGCGUGGUCAGAUGAGGAUCCAGAAUUCGAGAAGGUUUUGGAAAGUGUGACCUUCUGCUGGCUCACGGAAACCUUUCCUACCUCAGUUUAUCCUUACCGCGGGGUUAGGCAUCUUCCUUUCUUGAACACUGGGCCUUUAUUUUUCGCUGACGAGGGCAGAAGAAUAAGAUACCUUCCUAAUUUCGAUAUGCCACGUUUCCUCGAGAAACCUCUUGGGCACUCCUACUUCCCGAAAGGGAUUACACCGACUGCAAAGAGUUGGGUAAAGACACAGGCAAAUAAUGUAUUUUAUAGAGAGCAUGAGAAGGUGAGGGGCCAUUUUCCAGCUUUGGAACAACCGAGAUUGUUGAUGGGAGACAUAGAAGAGUACGAAGAUCACGGCAUAAAGUGA